GUGUGUUGGGAGUAGUUUGAAUGUCACAGCAUGUUGAAAACCAUUUCGCUUAUUAAAUUAGUGUUUCGUCGUGCUAUUUUUUAAUCCUGAUUUCCUAACAAUAAUUUCACCAUUUAUUUACGUACUUACACAUGGACGCAAGUAAUUAUUUGAAUCCAAAAUUAAAGCAGGUUUCUUGAAGGAGAGCCGUGUUGAUUUCCCUCUCCCUGUGAGGAGGAGGGUGAUUAUGAUGACUCCCUUCAUGCUUUUACGGAGAUUCUGUCCUCCGCCGUGUGGUCGUAGAUGGAUUUUUUCCAGCAAACAUCACUAUUGCAGCUCAGCAACGAAAAUUAGGAUACGCGAUGCCCUCACCAGCCUGCACACCGGGGCAAUGGUCAGCAUCCAGGGCUGGGUACGCUCUGUCAGAUCACAGAAGAACAACCUCUUUCUGCAUGUGAGUGAUGGAAGUUCCUUGGAACCUCUCCAAGUGGUAGCCAGUGCAGACUUAAACACCAGAGGCCUCACUUUUGGCUGUGCUGUUGACAUCACGGGAAGCUUGGAAAAGAGCCCCAGCCAAAGACAGACUGUGGAAUUACAAGCCCAUCAUAUUAAAGUGGUUGGGGAGUGCAAUCCUGUGGACUUUCCCUUUAAGAUCAAAGGCCAUCAUUCCCUGGAAUAUAUCAGACAGUUUCCUCACCUGAGGUGCAGAACAAAUACCUUCAGUUCUCUGCUAAGGAUACGCAGUGAGGCCACAGCUGCUGUCCACUCGUAUUUCAGGGAUAACGGCUUUGUGCAAAUCCACACGCCUGUGAUUACGUCAAACGACUGUGAAGGGGCAGGGAACCUCUUCCAGGUCGAACCUGCAGGCAGUGACGACAUUGCGGAUAAAGACGACCAUUUCUUCUCUGUACCUUCCUACCUAACCGUUUCCGCGCAGCUGCACCUAGAAGUGAUGGCUGGGGCUUUCCCGGCUGUUUACUCAUUUGGCCCCGCAUUUCGAGCAGAGAACUCCCAGAGCAGGAGACACCUGGCGGAGUUUUACAUGGUGGAGGCAGAGAUCUGCUUCACUGACUCCCUGAAGGAUGUCAUGAAGCUGAUGGAGGAUGUGUUCAAGAGCAGCACAGCACAUCUGUUGUCUAACUGCGCAGAGGAUGUGUGGUUGUUUCAUAAAUCCAUCUCGCCUGGACAUCAGGAUAAAGUGGACUCUAUGCUGAAGAGAACCUUUAAUGUCAUUUCAUAUACAGAAGCAAUCGACAUUCUAAAUCGUAGUGCACAGCCCUUCACCUUCAGCCCAAAGUGGGGCUGUGAUCUUCAAACAGAGCAUGAGAAGUUCCUAGUUAAGCACUGCGGGAAUGUCCCAGUCUUUGUGACUGACUAUCCAUAUGACCUGAAGCCUUUCUAUACUAGAGACAACCAGGACCAUCCUCGGCAUACCGUGGCUGCGCUGGACCUGCUGGUGCCUGGAGUAGGGGAGCUGUGUGGAGGCUCUCUCCGAGAGGAAAGACUGGAUCUCCUGAAAGCACGACUCGCACGGGCUGGGUUGGAGAGCUCAUAUGCAUGGUAUCUGCAGCUGAGGCAGUUUGGUUCUGUUCCUCACGGAGGGUUUGGCCUGGGCUUUGAGAGGUACCUGCAGUGUGUUUUGGGAGUUGACAAUAUCAAGGACACCAUUCCAUUUGCAAGGUUUUCACGGUCCUGUCUUCUGUGAAACAGGCUACAUUAUAAUGAUAUUAUAAUAAACUAAUGGAAUGGAACUGAUGUUGGAUUUGGUAUUGUUGACUAUGACCUAUGACCUAGGUGACUCCUGAGACUCCACAGUGCUCAGAUGCACAUGGGGAGCAACUAAGUAUUCCAUGAUUUAAUAGGAAUUGUGCAGUUACAAAAACACAAAUUCUUUGACAAAUGUUUUCACUGUACAAUAUAUCCUCUUUUGUAAAGUUAAAUAUCUAAUAAAUUGAAGGUAGAAAAUAUGAA